AUGCCUCAGUGCCUCCAUGUCCAUUGUAAAUACAACAGGAUGUUCUUGUCCCCAGUAGCCCUAGUACUGCUCAGAACUACUACACGCGACUUCAUGAUUUCUGUUUUCUUGACGUUCCUCGUCCUUGGCGCCGUUUUUAGCUCCUCUUCAAACGCAGAGCGAAUCUCCGACUGGAUCGACGUCCAUAACCUUCCCGGUACGAGAGACGGCAUCCUCUUGCGCGAGGCGAUACGACACGCUGACACGGAGGACAAAGAAAAUGCUGUAAGGACCGCAUCACAGACAAGCACUGCAUCGCAAGUUGUACUAACCCGAAGAUCAUUACCACGAUCGCCGCGUAUCGUCGCGGCCCUGACGACCACUCCGAAGAGACUACAUUUGCUAAAACCAUGCUUGGAUUCCCUCCUCCACAAACAAACCGUUCCGCUCGACGCGGUCUACCUCUUCGUCCCCUGGGUGUUUCUGAGGAAUAACGAGGAAUAUGACUUCGAAAAAACGAAGGAUGGGAAAACUUCCUUCUGGAAUAACGACGAUGGUGGAUACAGGUUUAGUAUUUUUCCGGUGGCAGGGACCACGACGACCAGAAUAGAUCGGAAAUAUAAAAAUCGGGAGGCAGAAGUAGACACAAGAGGCGGACCUGAUUUUGAUUUGCUCAACGAGCUGCAGCAGGAUCAGAGUUCGCGUGCUCUGCACGACCGGAAUGC